GGCUCUUUUGUCCCCCGCCGGCCUGUUUGUUCGCCCCGCUUCCUUUGAACCAACAAAACUUUCCUGCCACUCUGAGCAACACCUGGCUCUGUGGCACAAACGUCAAAUAUUGGAUUCCAUUUAACCUCAAGUAAAACACAAAGUCCCUGGUCAGGAUGUACAGCUUCAUGGGAGGAGGCUUGUUCUGCGCCGGAGUGGGCAACAUACUCCUCAUCGUCUCCACGGCAACGGACUAUUGGAUGCAGUACCGUCACUCCAGCAAUUAUAUGCACCAGGGCUUGUGGCGCUACUGUGUGCCUGGGAAAUGCAUGACACACACAGACAGCAUCGCGUACUGGGAUGCCACGCGGGCUUUCAUGAUCCUCUCCUUGCUGGCUUGCUUCAUCGGCAUUGUGAUCGGGGUCAUGGCCUUCAUCCACUACUCCUCUUUUGAUGGCUUUGACAAGACGUUUGCUGCCGGCAUCCUCUUCUUCAUCUCAUGUUUCUUUGUGCUGCUGGCCAUGGCUGUCUACACUGGAGUGACAGUCAACUACUAUGGCAAACGCUAUGGAAACUGGCGCUUCUCCUGGUCGUAUAUUAUGGGCUGGGUGGCAGUGGUGCUCACUUUCUUCUCAGGUAUCUUCUACAUGUGCGCCUACCGGAUGCACGAGUGCCCGAGAAACUCCAGCUCUCGCUGACCCCUACAGAACGUCACCACUACAGUCCAGACGUGGUCCAUUAUCUCCGUGACAACGCGAAGCAUGUGACUGUCGCCACUUUUGUCUGUAAUGCUGCAAAAAAGCAAAAUUAAAGGCGGGUAAA